UCACCGCCGCAAGGGAAACUUUCUUCGAAAACGACUUGCGACUGCUUUUCGACCUUCAAGUGUUUCGACCUUCAAGUGUUUCGACCCUGCGCUGCGCUGUGUUCGCCCGCAAUCAUGGCUCAACGAGGAGAGGCCGCAGACUACUACAAUGGCGCGCCCCAGCAAAACAACUACUAUCAGAUGCAAGAACCGGCGGGCUACCCGCAACAGCCUCCGCAAUACGACAACAAUGCGAAGUAUGGACCGCCAUCUGGACCUCCACCGCCGAACGGACAGCAGUGGGGAGGAGAGAAGCCGACUUUCGACCAGGCGUUCAAGGUUGAGAAACCGAAGUUCAACGAUAUUUGGGCUGGCCUUUUGCUCAUCGCAGUCUUCCUAGGAUACACGGCGGUCUCGGGUAUUGUAAUUCAUGGCUAUUCGGAGACGAUAGACUUCAACGGCGGAAUCUACGGCAGUAAGAACACGUUCGGGUUGGACAGCAACACGAUCAUCUUGUUCGCGUUCGUCCUGGUUAUGGCCUCGAUUCUGAGCUAUGCCUACAUGUGGUGUGCGCGCGCAUUCACCAAGCAAUUCAUCUGGAUUACUGGCAUACUUAACAUUGUCUUCGGUUUCGUGACUGCCAUCUACAUGCUCUCGCGCAAGUACUGGUCCGGCGGCAUUGUGUUUCUCCUCUUCUCCGUCUUUUACGUCUUCUGCUUCAUCAGCUGGAUCCCGCGCAUUCCAUUCUCUGUGCUGAUGCUCAAAACAACCAUCGAUGUAUCUAAGAAGUUUGGCCACGUCUACAUGGUCUCUCUCAUUGGAGGCAUCCUCGCAGCCGCGUUCGCAGCAUGGUAUUCCGUCACGUUGACAGCCGUUUACGUCAAAUACGAACCAGGACGGAACCCGGCGUGCAACACUGGUGCUGGAGGCUGUAGCUCAGCCAAAGUGAUCGGGCUGCUCGUCUUUGUCACAUUCGCGAUGUAUUGGAUCUCCGAGUGGCUCAAGAAUACCAUCCACGUUACGAUCUCAGGCGUAUACGGCUCGUGGUAUUUCAACAAGAACCAUUUCCCCAAGGGAGCCACCCGCGGUGCGCUCAAGCGAUCCCUUACGUACAGCUUCGGCAGCAUCAGCCUCGGAAGUCUUAUUGUGGCCAUAAUUCAGAUGCUAAGGCAGAUCUGUUCGGCUGCACAGAGCAGCGCAUCGCAAGACGGAAAUAUCGUCGGAACGGUCAUCUUCUGCUGCCUGCAGUGCUUGAUCGGUCUUUUGGACUGGGCUGUGCAGUUCUUGAACCGCUACGCGUUCUCUUACAUUGCUCUGUACGGCAAGUCGUAUGUCGCAGCAGCAAAGGACACCUGGAAGAUGAUCAAAGACCGUGGUAUCGACGCGCUCGUCAACGAAUGCCUCAUCGGACCGGUCCUGAGCAUGGGAGCCAUGUUCGUCGCGUAUUCGUGUGCGCUGCUCGCGUAUCUAUAUCUGCUGUUCACGUCGCCAGCCUACAACAGCACGGGCUCGUAUACGCCGGUCGUGGUCGCGUUCGCAUUCGUCAUCGGCCUGCAAAUCUGUCAAAUCUUCACCACGCCGCUGAGCAGCGGGCUGGACACCAUCUUCGUCGCAAUGGCUUGGGAUCCGGAGGUGCUGAUGCGCGACCACCCAGACCUGUACCACCAGAUGGUUGCGGUGUACCCGCAUGUCCAGCAGGCGAUUCACGCGUAGAGGAGACGGUGGGGGCGAUGAAGUUUCUUCAGCGACAAGAGACUGGGCAGAAACACGGAGAUCAUGGCAGAAACAACAAUCGGAUGGCAUCUCACAAAUCGGAACCUAGACUCCGAGCGUGUUGCGAUCUAGACGCGACAGGGAGUUUUCAGCAGGCAUUGAGCGAGGAUGCCCCCUCCUAGCACGCCUUAGCUGGCCAGUCCGGUGCGUUUGGUGGGG